GGAGCUGUCAGAGGGAGACAGAUAAAUGUACGGCACCUUGCCAGGCUAGAAAUGGGGCUGUAAAUACAGAGAGCGGCAGGAGACUGUCGCAUUGCCCAGGAACCUGACCUUCCUUAGCAACACUGCCUUCACUUGAGAGUGGGAUCAAGUAGCCCGAUAGGACACUGGACGUGGAGCGCAAUAGCCCGCAGGAACCGGACACCACCGCUCGCGUGAGCCAGGCAGCCGGAGAGCAGAGGCUCGAGCUUCAGCUGGACAUUCACCAGCAGCACGGGCUCGACUGUUGGACACCGAGAGGGACAGUCUGACGAGGCUUUCAAACGCUUAGGUUUAUUUUUAAUCCCACUCUUCGCCACCUCGUUUUCCCACCUUCAGUCCGACGACAACACUUGUCUUCCGAUUCCAAGGGGAUACAUGAACUUGUAAGGAGCUGGCAAUCUGCUUCUCUGAAAUAGAAGUGCUGGAACUGUAGAAUCCCAGUUAUUUUCAUAAUGAAAAAAAGUAGAAGUGUCUUGGCAGUAAGUGCGGAAGAUAAUGGUAACGAAUUCCCAGAACAUGGUCUUAGCAAAUCUUAUACUUCUUCUGGAACCACGCUUGGAGUGGAUUUACGAAGAGGGAGAAGAAGAUUCUCUGGUAAUCUUCAGUUGCCACCAUUGGCUUGGAGGCAGGGGGAAAGAGCGAAAACUCCAGAAAGAGACAGCAUACCAAGGCCGACCACUUUGCCAUUGCAAACCCCUCCACGGAUAGCUAUUACACCUGUGGACCAAGAUUGUUUUGAUGUGGAGAAUGGUCCCUCUCCAGGCCGGAGUCCAUUGGAUCCUCAAGCCAGUCCUGGAUCAGGGCUUGUAUUGCACACAAAUUUUCCAAGCCAUAGUCAGCGCCGGGAAUCCUUUCUGUAUCGCUCAGACAGUGACUAUGAAUUGUCACCAAAGUCUAUGUCCAGGAAUUCAUCAAUUGCAAGUGAAAUACAUGGAGAUGACUUGAUAGUUACACCGUUUGCACAGGUACUGGCCAGCUUGCGGAGUGUGAGGAGCAAUUUCUCAAUACUAACAAAUGUUCAUGGAGCCCCAAGCAAAAGAUCUCCAGCCACAAGUCAACCACCCCUUACAAGAAUCAGUCUGACAGAAGAAAACUACCAAAAGUUAGCUAUGGAGACUCUGGAAGAAUUAGACUGGUGUUUGGAUCAACUUGAGACAAUACAAACAUACCGGUCAGUCAGCGAAAUGGCUUCGAAUAAGUUUAAGAGAAUGCUGAACCGUGAGCUCACCCAUCUCUCAGAAAUGAGUCGGUCAGGCAACCAAGUAUCCGAGUUCAUUUCCAAUACUAUUUUGGACAAGCAGAAUGAUGUGGAGAUGCCGUCCCCCACACAGAAAGACAGAGACAAGAAGAAAAAGAAACAGCUCAUGACACAGAUUAGCGGAGUGAAAAAGCUGAUGCACAGUUCUAGCCUCACAUAUUCAAGCAUCCCCCGAUUUGCUGUCAAAACUGACAUGGAAGAUUGCCUUUCCAAGGAACUGGAUGACCUGAAUAAAUGGGGACUUAACAUAUUCAAAGUGGCAGAGUUUUCAAACAAUCGACCUCUCACCUGCAUUAUGUACAGCAUCUUUCAGGAGAGGGAUCUGCUGAAGACAUUUCGGAUCCCAGUGGAUACAUUUGUUACAUACAUCAUGACACUGGAGGACCACUACCAUUGUGACGUAGCCUACCAUAAUAGCCUGCAUGCUGCUGAUGUUGCUCAGUCUACGCAUAUUCUUCUUUUAACACCAGCACUAGAUGCUGUGUUCACAGACCUUGAGAUACUUGCUGCAAUUUUUGCCGCUGCAAUCCAUGAUGUGGAUCAUCCUGGUGUCUCAAACCAAUUCUUAAUUAAUACCAAUUCCGAGUUAGCACUGAUGUACAACGAUGAGUCUGUGUUAGAAAACCACCAUCUGGCUGUAGGUUUUAAACUGCUGCAGGAGGACUCCUGUGACAUUUUUCAGAAUCUUACCAAGAAGCAGAGGCAGAUGCUAAGGAAGAUGGUUAUUGAGAUUGUGUUGGCCACAGACAUGUCAAAACAUAUGACGUUGCUGGCAGAUCUCAAGACCAUGGUGGAAACAAAGAAAGUGACGAGUUCAGGUGUUUUACAACUUGAUAAUUACACAGAUAGAAUUCAGGUUCUCCGUAACAUGGUACACUGUGCUGAUCUGAGCAAUCCCACAAAGUCUCUAGAGCUGUACAGACAAUGGACGGAUCGAAUCAUGGAUGAAUUCUUUCACCAGGGAGACAAAGAACGGGAGCGAGGCAUGGAAAUAAGCCCAAUGUGUGACAAACACACAGCAAUAGUUGAAAAAUCCCAGGUUGGAUUCAUUGAUUACAUUGCACAUCCAUUGUGGGAAACGUGGGCAGAUCUCGUUCAUCCUGAUGCACAGGAUAUUCUAGACACAUUGGAGGACAAUAGGAAUUGGUAUCAGAGCAUGAUACCCCAGAGCCCAUCCCCUUCCCCUGAUGAGCAAGAGAAAGAAGGACAGUGUUCCACUGAAAAAUUCCAAUUUGAACUCACACUAGAAGAAAAUGAGGAUUCUGAAGAAACUGAGAAAGAGGAAACAAGUCAGGGAGAAGAGGACAGUAGCUGUCAGAGUUGUGAAACAAAAAUCUUUGUUGCACUGGAGUCCGAGAACCAGGAAACAGAGAUGGAAGAAGCACAAACAGAUCCACUCACGGAAGACACAACACCCGUAGAUACGUAAAUUUUCUAAAGAUGUGGACAUAUGCUUAUUGUCACACUUGCAAUUUAUCUGUAGGAAAGAAGCCUAUGAUAUGGGUUUAUAUUCCUAGAUAGACAUUUGCCGAAGAAAGCUUGCCGUUAUGGUUCAGAUGAUGAACUAUCAUGACACCAAGGUUGGAAAGACAAUAGUGGUGGAAACAUUUAGAAGUUUUGAUGUAGGGGCUUAUUGACAAGCAAUGUUUAUUUGAAACUGGUGGGCACAAGCCAUCCAAAAGUAGGGAUGAGCAUGCAAAUGAAUGACACAACACUGAGAGAUUUUGUAUUGCAAGACACUGAAACUGCAUUCCAGUCUCAACAAUAUGAAAUAGCUUUUCAUGUAGGAAAAUGUUCUCUGUUAAGUCAAUGAUGUCUUAGGACUGUGUGCCUUUUGAAAAACGUUUCUGUCCUUCCAAAAGUAUUUUAUUUUAAGUGAACACAAUUUACUAAAAUCCUAACAGAAUUUUUCUACAUAUGAUGAAUAGUGGCAUGAACAAAUGAGAAUUAAGUCUUCCGUUUCCCAUCAUAGACAAAAUGGCAAUAUCUUCCAGUUAUCAGUAAAUUGUUUAUAAAGUGUAUUCUUUGGUGUAUCUUUACUUUUGAAAGUUAAAAAGGGGACAAACAGUUUAAACACAUUUUUUAAUGUAUCCCAACUAUUCUGGUGGUUUAGAAACAUUUUCUUUUUAUAUCUGCCUUUUUUUAAGAAACGUUCUUGGGAUAUUCUAAAUACCUACUUGUUACACAUUACCACAAUUUUUCAAGGAGGAAAGGCAAUUUAACUUUACUCCGUAAUGCAAGUUUGAAGAUCUGAACACAAUAUCAAGUCAUUGAUUCUGUGAAAUAUACCAAAUGAUAAUAUUUCCAACUCACAGUUCACCCUGAAACUAACAAAACAAGUGAGAAGGUUGAAUGGCUCACUAAGUUUGAGCCUUCAGGGCAAGAGUUUGGAUCCAGCUCAGAGUGAUGUGUUGAAAGAAAAAUGAAGAAAAUUUGGGCACUCCACUCUGGCAUGGACCCUUCAGAAAAGUUGCUCACCACCCAAAGAUUUGGUCUAAUUUGAUGUUAAUUCUGAGAAAAUACCUGGAUCAUAUGUUAGGAUAAUGAAAGAAUCCUAGGAUUGUAUAGAUGAAAGGAAGCAGUAAACUUUCUUUGGAUCAAACAUGCAAAAAAAAACACAAAAAUGAUACAUCCCCAUAAUGUCAGUUAGCAUUUUUUAAACUCAUUCACACCACAUCCUUUGGGAAUUAGGAUCUGUUUAUUGGGAAAUGUAAGGGAUUUUUCUGCUGGAAAUGUUCUGGGAGUUAUGUCAUGUCAUUUUCCAGGUUGUCAAAGCAGAUGCAUGUGCCAAGCUCAGACCUUUGUAGAAAGACACGAGUUUCAUUAGGAAUUGUGAUUUCUUGUGUAACUUAGCAGCUUGGAUUCCAGUCUUUUUAGUUCAAAGAAAGCUCUUAAUCCCUUUAGAACAUUUUCUUUUUGGUUUCUGCAUUAGUGAUAUAUGCUGGAAAAUUGUUAGUUAAUGUUUAUUACCAGCAGUGUUAAUAAGUUCAAAUAAAUUGUGGGCUAAUUUUGAUUUAAUUAACAAAUGAAUUAUAUGACAUCACCAGGAUCAAGUAAAAAUUAUCUUUUCUUUUUUUCUCUUUUUACUUUUCAAAAUGGAAACUUUUGAUUAGGAAGAGGUUUCAGCUCUAUUUUCAUAAUUUCACUUCUUAAAAACUGGUAUUUUGGCGCACACAUAUUGCCUGAUCCAUGAUAGGCCAAAAUUUUUCAAACACACAUUACCAAUGUUAGGUAUGAUCACCCACAAUUAUAAAUUGUCUUUUCAAACGGUAAUAUUUCACUGGAUAAUUGGGUAGUUGGAGGGCGUUGGAAGAGCAUGGCGAUGCCUUCCUCCUUUGCUUAUACUCUGAAACCAUGGCACCACUUUUCAUUGUUCCUAUUCAUGAUCUUAACAGUCAUAGAAAAACAUUGUCUAUGUGCAGGUACUUCUAACCAACAAUUUUAGAACAAACUCUGGCAACAUGAGUUUGUAUUAGGAGACCUUGGUGAGCAUUUAGAUUUUUUACAUGUAUCAUGUAGAACUAAGAGACUGUUCACUUGAAUGCUUUUAUCCUUUAAUUUAUUUAGGUGUCUUGCCAUUCUUCAUCAGCUUGGGCAUCUUUUGUAUAGCAUUGCAACCAUAUUCUUAGAACACAUCCAUUUUCUAUUUAGAGCUCUGUAUUUAUACCAUGUACAUACUGUAUAAUGUUUGCUGUAAAUUAUUAAUUUAUACAGGUACAUUAACAUUGCCUUUAAAGUGGUGGUGUUGCUGUGUAGAAAAUUUCAGGUGAAAAUUCCCUUUUUACCUUUUUUUUAAUAAUGGUGUAAUAUAGAAUAACCUGAACAGUGGUGAUAAAGAGACAUAUGGAACCCAGAGGUCACAGAUAUUAAAGUUUUUCAGUUAUCUGAAGUAAUCCACCAUAGAUUCCAGUUUAAAACUAUUCAAUGUGCAACUAUGAAGCAAUGUCUGGGAUAACUGUUAAAAAGAUAAAGCAACAAAACACAAAAAAAAAAUUGCAGUCUGAUGUCAGUACCUUUUAAAAUACGUUUUAAGCUUUUGGUCCAAAUUGUGUUAAAAAACAGUUCAACAGAUUGAAACGUCUGCAUGAGUAAUGGGUUUAUAUGUCUGUUAAACAUUGCAAUGUUUCAGGUGGUGAUUUCCUUAAUGUUUUCUGAGUCUCACACAAUGUAUGGUACAGUAUUGUAUAUUGUGUUCAGAAACCUUUUAAGAGAUUUUUAUAUGAAGUGAUUAAACAAAAGCAUGGAUAUAUUUUAUGUUCCUUCAAUUUUAUUGCAUUUUGGAAGUUAUUAAAUAGCACGAUUGGUGCUU